AUGGCUUCUCUCUGGGACUAUACACCAAAUAACCUGUCCAACAAUCUAACCACUAUUGUUCUGUCAGAUAAUCAGCUUAAUGGAUCAAUUCCUGAAAGUUUUUCCUAUCUCCCUCUUCUCCAGAAGCUGUCCCUUGAUAAUAACUUUUUUACCGGUUCAGUUACUGUUGAUCUCUGGCAAAACAGAUCCUUUAGUUCAGCCGCCAGACUUUUGAUUGAUGUUCAGAACAAUUCACUUUCAAACAUUAUUGGAGACCUUGAUCCUCCUGUGAAUGUUAUGCUGAGGUAUGCUUUGUCUGGUCACUUGGAAGCUGUUCAGCUUUCACAUUUUACUGCUCGCACCUUGUUUGUUUAG